GCUGCGCUUUGGAAACUCGAGACAGCAUUGCGAUCACUGCUUUGACCGUAACAGCCGUGAAGCUGAACACCGUUUCCACACAUGUGCAUUGAGCUUCGGCAUUUUAUGUCCUGGGCAGUCACCAGGACAGUCGUUGUUUUUUUAUUUUUGGAGAAAAUUGAGCUCUACAAUCAUUUCGUACACACAUAGGGUAACCUCGAUUCCAGCAUGCUACAAACAGCGGUGGAAACUCCGCUAGCUAUACAGAGAAGAAAAUAAAAGACUGUGUCCUGGAUCGGUGCUGCCCCUUCUGUCUUUGAGGAGUGUGUGCAGUCCAUUUUAAACCCACAGCAGUUGAAGACCAUUCUCAGGCACCACAGAAGCCUUGGAUACUUGAACAGGACUGCACUUCCCUCCAUGGAGGAGUGUAAACUGUCCUCUAUGUCCCCUCCUCCCUGUAGAAGAGUGGUGGAUUCCACCCAGCUGACUAACACCAACAGCCAAUCAGAUCGCAGGUCUGAGUUCAGAACAUUUUUCAGCUCCACCACUUCAGAGAUAAAGGCAGAAUCUCUGAUGGACAGCACAUAUCACACAGGGGUGGAGCCAAGAUCAAGUGUGAACAGAUGUGAAGAAGAGGAGGGCACAGAGAAGAUGAUCAAGGAGGAGGACAUACUAAUAUAUAUUAAGCAGGAGGAUGAGGAUGGUGGGGAGAGACAGAGAGUGAAAAUGGAGAGGGAGAAUGGUGCAACAGAUGAAGUGAGACUCUGGAUGGAGGAAGAGAUAAAGAGGGAUGAACAGGAGGAGGGAGGUGUAACCCAGCAGGGCACUCAGACUGAGAAGUGGGAGAAGAAUGAAGGAAGAAGCCUUCUGAGGCGACACAAGCAAAUUCAUGCUGGGGAACGCCCUCACUGCUGCUCCCAGUGCGGGAAGAGCUUCAGUUAUUUGUCUGGCCUGAAGGUACACCAGCAGACUCACACAGGUGAACGUCCAUACAAAUGCUCCCAAUGUGGGAAGGGUUUCAGUUAUUUGUCUGCACUGAAAGUACACCAGCAAAUUCAUACUGGUGAUCAACCAUACAAAUGCUCCCAGUGUGGGAAGGGUUUCAGUCAUUUGUCUGCAUUGAAAAUACACCAGCGUACUCAUACAGGCGAGCACCCGUACAAAUGCUCUCUGUGUGGGAAGAGUUUCAGUCGGUUAUCUAAUCUGACAACACACCAACUAACUCAUACAGGGGAAUGCCCUUACCACUGCUCCCAGUGUGGGAAGAGUUUCAAUCAGUUAAGUAACCUAAAAAUACACCAGCAAACUCAUACAGGUGAGCGUCCUUACAAAUGCCUCCAGUGUGGGAAGAGCUUCAGUCGGUUAUCUGACUUGAAUGUACACCAGCGAACUCAUACAGGUGAGCGUCCUUACAAAUGCUCCCAGUGUGGGAAGAGCUUCAGUCGGUUACCUGACUUGAAUGUACAUCACCGAACUCAUACAGGUGAGCGUCCUUACAAAUGCUCCCAGUGUGGGAAGAGUUUCAUCCAUAUGUCUGCAAUGAAAGUACACCAGCGUACUCAUACAGGUGAGCGCCCGUAUAUAUGCUCCCAAUGUGGGAAGAGUUUCUGUUAUUUGUCUGUUUUGAAUGAACAUCAACGAACUCACACAGUUGACCGCCCAUUUAAAUGCUCCCAGUGUGGGAAGAGUUUCAGUCGGUUAUCUGACUUGAAUGUACAUCACCGAACUCAUACAGGUGAGCGGCCAUAUCAGUGUUCUGAGUGUGGGAAGUGUUUUAUUCAUAUGUCUGCAAUGAAAGUACACCAGCGUACUCAUACAGGUGAGCGGCCGUAUAAAUGCUCCGAGUGUGGGAAGAGUUUCAAUCAGCUAAGUAACCUGAAAAUACACCAGCGAACUCAUACAGGUGAGCGGCCAUAUGAAUGCUCCCAGUGUGGGAAGACUUUCAUUCAUAAGUCUGCACUGAAAGUACACCAGCGUACACACACAGUGGUUUGCCCCGACCCUGCUCCCAGUGUGGGAACAAAUAAGAGAAUGUUUGGACUAUACCCGGGAAUAGUGACAGAGCUGGUCAUGAUGUACUGCCCGUUCUGCGGUUUCCUGGCAGGCGGCUCUCCCUCGUCCUGUAGCUCGUGCGGCCGAAACCUGACGUUUCUGAAAGAAGUCAAACCCGAUGAGCCGUCCACAAGUACGAAUGAAGAUGCCUCUCUCCCGGUCUCCUCCCUGUACCUGCUGGUUCCCCCGCUACGACUCCUCUCCGCUGCCAUGUUGCAGGUGGUGCACCAGCGACACGUGUUGCAUUAUGGGAAGCUGGAGGAGUUUGUGUCUGUGGUGACCGAGGUGGUCCCAGAGCUGCUGAGUGACAGCCAGUGGACCCAGCUCAAUCUGGAGCUGCAGGCAAGGGAGGGAUCUCCGUUGGGGUUUGGUUCUAAAACUGACACAGCUCUGCAUGUUCUGUUGUGGGAGUUCCUCUCCAGACUGGAGCAACUGCUACCGGUACCAGACCUCACACAGACUGUGUCCUGGCUCGAUGCUGCCCCUUCUGUCCUGGAGGAGUGUAUGCAGUCCAUUUUAAACCCACAGCAGUUGAAGACCAUUCUCAGGCACCACGGAAGCCUUGGAUACUUGAACAGGACUGCACUUCCCUCCAUGGAGGAGUGUAAACUGUCCUCUAUGUCCCCUCCUCCCUGUAGAAGAGUGGUGGAUUCCAGCCAGCUGACUAACACCAACAGCCAAUCAGACACAGAGGAGAGCGCAGAGAAGAUGAUCAAGGAGGAGGACAUACUAAUAUAUAUUAAGCAGGAGGAUGAGGACGGUGGGGAGAGACAGAGUGUGAAAAUGGAGAGGGAGAAUGGUGCAGCAGAUGAAGUGAGACUCUGGAUGGAGGAAGAGAUAAAGAGGGAUGAACAGGAGGAGGGAGGUGUAACCCAGCAGGGCACUCAGACUGAGAAGUGGGAGAAGAAUGAAGGAAGAAGCCUUCUGAGGCGACACAAGCAAAUUCAUGCUGGGGAACGCCCUCACUGCUGCUCCCAGUGCGGGAAGAGCUUCAGUUAUUUGUCUGGCCUGAAGGUACACCAGCAGACUCACACAGGUGAACGUCCGUACAAAUGUUCCCAGUGUGUGAAGAGUUUCAGUUAUUUGUCUGCGCUGAAAGUACACCAGCAAACUCAUACAGGUGAGCGUCCGUACAAAUGCUCCCUGUGUGGGAAGAGUUUCACUCGGUUAACGGAUCUGACACGACACCAGCGAACUCAUACAGUUGACCGGCCGUACAAAUGCUCCCAGUGUGGGAAGUGUUUCACUUGGUUAGGUAACCUGAAGGCGCACCAGCGUACUCAUACAGGUGAAUGCCUAUACAAAUGCUCCCAGUGUGGGAAUGGUUUCGCUACGCCACAAAAUUUGUCACGACACAAGCAAAUUCAUACAGGUGAGUGCCCAUAUAAAUGCUCCCAGUGCGGGAAGAGUUUCAGUCGUUUGUCUGCUCUGAAUGUACACCUGCGAACUCAUACAGGUGAGCGCCCUUACCUCUGCUCCCACUGUGAGAAGAGUUUCACACAUUUAAGUAGUUUGAAAAGACACCAGAGCACUCACACAGGUGAGCGCCCAUACAAAUGCUCUCAGUGUGGGAACAGUUUCAGUCGUUUGUCUGCUCUGAAUGUACACCUGCGAACUCAUACAGGUGAGCGCCCGUAUAAAUGCGCCCAUUGUGUGAAGAGUUUUGGUCAUUUGUCUGCUCUGAAAGUACACCAGCGUACUCACACACGGGUUUGCCUCGACCCAGCUUCCAGUGUGGGAGCAGUUCCACUCUGUUAGACUAACUCCCGACCCUGCUUCCAGUGUGGGAACAGUUCCACUCAGUUAGACUAACUCCCGACCCUGCUCCCAGUGUGGGAACAGUUCCACUCUGUUAGACUAACUCCCGACCCUGCUUCCAGUGUGGGAACAGUUCCACUCUGUUAGACUAACUCCCGACCCUGCUCCCAGUGUGGGAACAGUUCCACUCUGUUAGACUAACUCCUAACCCUGCUCCCAGUGUGGGAACAGUUCCACUCUGUUAGACUAACUCCUGACCCUGCUCCCAGUGUGGAACAGUUCCACUCUGUUAGACUAACUCAGAGUUUGUGAGCUGAGUGUAAGAGGAACGUGAGCACGAGUGACCGUAAUGUGACUGAAGUGAGGAGUGGGUUUCCAUAAAUGUGGAGCGUCAGCCUGAGCGGUCGCUCCGAUACGCUCCUGAACCGCUCACAUGGAGCAGUCAGCUCUGGCAUGACCGCACGGUCCUCAGCGUCACGUCCAGACUAAGAUGGGAAGCUCCUGAGCGGAGAUGCUUCACUCCCGUUUUCUGAAAAGCUUGAACUGGGUGUGAUUGGUGCCACUUGAGCAUCUUGUCAUCUGCUAAAAUCUUUGACUGUGGGAAUCAGAAAAUGGUAAUGUACACAAGCAAUACCCUCCCUUUGAUUACUUUCAACUUUUGCAAGUGUUUCUAGUCAUUGAUGUUGAUAAUUGAUGAGUUUGUGAUGCAUUGUAAAUUGUAAUUGUGAUUAGCUAAUCUGUUAUGCUUUGCCAGGUGACUGUUCAAUAGGCCACUCACUGUUUGCUAAGAGCUAGAGUUGGUGGCAACUGUUGAUACCUGUGUGAAUAUUUUUGUAAAAAUAAAUGCUCAUAUUGAGGA